AUCGAAGUAUCUCCGCUCACGAGACGACAUCGCAGUUUCGGCGUCGGCCGCUUCUUCUGCCGCCUCGGCGCUCAUGCGCAGUCAUAGACUAAGUGUCGCGUUGCUCGCGUGGGUUUUCGGCCAGUGUAGAGACGCAGCUAAGGAAUCGACAUUUAUGGCAAAUUCGUAAACUCCAGCAAGAAACAGAAGUAGGUCCAGCAGCCUACGCUCAACCAAAGCCAACCAAAUAAAAGCACUGUACAGUCGUUAGGAGCCAGUACCAGAAGUUAUCACAGUCAGCAGAAUGACCGCCAAGAUGGAGAUGAGCCUCGACGACAUCAUCAAGCAGAACAAAACUAGCCGUCCGCGCACGGGUGGCAAGCGCGGCGGUGGUGCCGGAGGCGCUGGUCGUAAACCCGCAGGAGGCUCGCCUAGACGCGCCCCCGCCAGCCGCGGUGGUGCCCGCAAACCAGGAGGCGGAGUUAUGCGCGGCCGUAGCCGCGGAGGCAUCACCAGGAGCAGCGGUCCGAGCUUCGGCCGCUCUCUGCCCAGCUACAAGCGCGAGGCCUUCCUCGGCACCAGCGCACCGCGCAGGUACGGCUCCAGCUCCGACGCCACCAAGCUGAUCGUCUCGAACCUUGAUUUCGGAGUCACGGAUUCCGACAUUCUCGAGCUCUUCAGCGAGUUCGGCCCGCUCAAACACGCUGGAGUACAUUACGACAGAUCUGGCCGCUCGAUCGGAUCCGCUGACCUGUUGUUCGAAAGGAGAGCUGAUGCCAUCAAGGCAAUGAAACAGUACAACGGUGUGCCCCUUGACGGCCGUGAAAUGAACAUUCAGUUGGCCACAUCGGAGAUCCCCGGAGUAAACCCGAUCCGCGGAGGAUCCAGACUGGGUAGCAGCAACAGCAACUUCAAGUCCCGGGGUUCGGCGCCAGGACGUAGCGGUCGACCUGGUCGCGGUGCCGCUGGAAACAGAACUCGCGGUGCAGCCAAGGGUGGAAAACCCGGCGGCAAACCUGGUCGCCAACCUAAGAAAGCACCACCCACAGCAGAGGAACUCGACGCUCAACUCGAGGAGUAUGUGAAGAGCAAGGUGUCCAGCUCCGAGGGCGCAUAGAUCGUCCCGUCUCUCGCAGAGUAGAGGCCGCGUGAAUGUUUAAUUUGGAGUAGCGGCUGGACUGUCGUCUGAUUGCGUUUUUCGAUAAUUCUCGACCUAUACUGUAGCUCGUCAGGCGGUCCGCGUUUAGUUGAAUUAUUAUAGGUACCUUCGGAAAUUCUAUGUAAGGCUCGAUUCGUUCCGUUAAUUAUAUUUAUCAUUCACAUCUUUUGUAUCUCAUUGCUGCGAGAAGAAAAUUGUGAGAAUUUUCGAUUGUCACUGCGUCGUUUGCCGGAUUACCGGACGAGCUCGUUGAAGCAGAAAUAAAGUUAAAGGUAGUCUUAUAGCGAAUGGAAUGUGUAUUACAGCGAAGAGUAGACAUACGAUAGUUUUAAAGCCGCUACGCGAGAAGUAUGAAUUGUCUUAAAUCAACAAUUUCGUAAAGAAACCUAUGAAAUUAAUAAGAUCCUUUUUUAGCAUUAUGUGUGUGUGUACAAUUUAGAUAUACACGAUUCUUUUUUAUGUUAACUUUUACUAUUAAACAGGCAGUGAUUCUGUUAUAUCAAACGAAUUUGACUUUGUACUUGUAAUAUUGACCUGGAAAUUUGAAUGAAAUUUAAUAUCUAUAGCUGAUACACGAUUUGAAAUAAAAUGAUAACAUUACAUUCUGCGACUUUUUUAUUGUAAAUAAAGGACAAAAAUCAAAUUAGGAUGUUUUUAUGUUUAGAAGUGAUAAAACACUUAAUCUUGAAUCAUCAUUUUCAUACUGGAAAAUACGUCUUUAAAUGUCGCGAUUGCUCUCAUCUCAUUGUAGAAUAUUCGAAACGACCUUAAAAAAAAAAGUAAAAGCAUGGAAUUUUCAACGAUGAUAAUACGUUUUUACUUAUUAAUCUUGCGACACAAUGUAUAUCUGGUAAAAUAAUAUCGCAAUAACAUUUUUCUCGUCACAUCAGUGUAAACACUUCAAUAAAUCACUUUAGAAAGACAACCCAAAAA